AGAGCGUCUUUUGAGAAACUUUUGAGAAAAUCAAGUCACCUCUUAAAAUAUAAGAAGACGCAGAAACACGUUUUUUUUUUUUUUCUUUUAAUCUUGGACAAGAGAGUGAGAGAGAUUUGCGAGAGAAGAAGCUGAAUUCUCAGGAGAGCUGUGUAUCUGUAACAACAAGGCGAUGACCUCACCGUCUCUGGAUUGAAUGAACUCAGCAUACAGAGAAGAAAUGCUGAAAAGAAACUGGAUACCAAAUGUGGACAAAAAGGCUGUGAAAGCAGUGAAACUGGGAUUUUAGAACUGCCAGAACAGGCUCUCCAACUUUUUUUUCUAAACUUUUCCUUUUCUGAAACAAGGCUUUUUCUACCUUGUUUUUCCUUUUCUACUGUUAAACUAUGUAAGACCUACUUGCUAGCUCUGAGGAGAGCCAUAUUUUGACUAUAGACAGGAGUGGGUUUAACUCCUGCAGCACGUGGGGCCAAGCAAUAAAGGAAACAUGUCUGCAGAAGAUGUAAGAAGCUCUGCCAGCCUCAGAGCUGAAAGUGGUGGUUCAGAUCGCUGCAAUGACCACUCUCAGUGGAAAGUUCAAGACCAGGAUGUGGAGAACCGAUGCCAAGGCCAGGAUGGGAUCGUUCUGGGGCGCAUUGCCUCUCUGUCACUGGACACGUUUGACCCCAGUGCCUUUACUGGGAGGUUUUCAAAGAUCCAUUCAAAGAGAAAGAGAACAAAUAUCAUUGAAGCCUCCCCAGUGGGAUUGAAGCCUUCUCCUCCGCCACCCAGUGGAACAUUGGGAGAGAGGAAGGGUCCUGUCGUCAUGGCGCCCGUUAACGUUGACCCUGAGAGCAAACCUGGGGAGUUUGUCCUCAAAAGCUUGUUUGCGAACUUCACCUUGUUCUCUGAACGCAAGAUUCGCAUUAUCAUGGCUGAGCCACUGGAGAAGCCGCUGAACAAAUCUCUGCAGAGAGGAGAAGACCCACAGUUUGACCAGUUAAUCAGCACUAUGAGCUCUCUAGCAGAAUACUGCCUGCCAUCCAUCCUGAAGACUCUGUUUGACUGGUACAAGAGGCAGAACGGCCUGGAAGAUGAGUCCCAUGAAUACCGACCCAGAGCCAACACCAAGUCAAAAAAUGAUGAACAACAGAAGGACUACUUAUUGGAGCGGAGGGAUCUGGCAAUAGACUUCAUCUUUUCUCUAGUGCUUAUAGAAGUUUUGAAGCAGAUACCUCUCCAUCCUCUUUUGGAUGGACUCAUCCAAGAAGUUGUAAAUCUGACCUUUAAGCACUUCAAAUACAAAGAAGGGUAUCUGGGGCCGAACACAGGCAAUAUGCACAUUGUGGCUGAUCUCUAUGCUGAAGUUGUGGGAGUCGUUGCACAGUCCAGGUUCCCAGCAGUGAGGAAGAAGUUCAUCUCUGAGCUUAAGGAGCUGAGACAGAAGGAGCAGAGCCCAUAUGUCAUCCAGUCCACCAUCAGCCUCAUCAUGGGACUCAAGUUUUUCCGCAUCAAAAUGUACCCUGUGGAAGACUUUGAAGCCUCUUUCCAGUUCAUGCAGGAGUGUGCACAGUAUUUCUUGGAAGUCAAGGAUAAAGACAUUAAGCACUCAUUAGCUGGACUCUUUGUGGAAAUACUUGUACCUGUAGCUGCUACUGUGAAGAAUGAAGUGAACGUACCAUGUCUUCGAAAUUUUGUAGAAAGUUUGUACGACACCACUCUGGACCUGUCCUCUAGGAAGAAGCACUCUCUGGCUCUCUAUCCUCUGGUGACAUGCCUGCUGUGUGUCAGUCAGAAGCAGUUCUUUCUCAACCGUUGGCACAUUUUCCUCAACAACUGCCUCUCAAACCUCAAGAACAAAGACCCCAAGAUGGCGCGUGUGGCUCUAGAAUCACUCUACCGCCUGCUGUGGGUCUACAUGAUCCGAAUAAAGUGUGAGAGCAACACUGGAACACAGAGUCGUCUGACAUCCAUCACCUCCACUCUGUUCCCCAAAGGGAGUCGUAGCGUUGUGCCCAGAGACAUGCCCCUCAACAUUUUUGUCAAAAUUAUCCAGUUUAUUGCUCAGGAGAGACUUGAUUUUGCCAUGAAGGAGAUCAUAUUUGAUCUGUUAAGUGUUGGGAAGCCCACCAAAGCCUUCAGUCUUAAUCCAGAGCGUAUGAACAUUGGUCUACGUGCAUUCCUGGUAAUAGCGGAUGCUCUGCAGCAGAAGGAUGGAGAGCCUCCGAUGCCCAACACAGGAGCCACUCUGCCCUCUGGAAACUCUCUGAAGAAGAAGAAAACAUAUCUUAGCAAGACGCUCACUGAAGAAGAAGCCAAAUUAAUAGGCAUGUCCCUGUACUACUCCCAGGUGCGUAAGGCUCUGGAUAACAUCCUCAGACAUUUGGACAAGGAAGUAGGUCGUUGCAUGAUGCUCACUAGUGCCCAGAUGCUCAACAAAGAACCAGAGGACAUGAUCACUGGUGAAAGAAAACCUAAAAUUGACCUGUUUAGGACGUGCGUGGCUGCCAUUCCUCGUAUCCUUCCUGAUAGCAUGUCCAAACCUGAGCUCAUUGACUUGCUCUCACGUCUAACAGUGCACAUGGACGAUGAGCUUCGUCUUAUAUCCCAGAACUCUCUGCAGAGCCUGUUACUUGAUUUCUCAGACUGGAGGGAAGACGUUCUGUUUGGUUACACACAUUUCCUUUUACGUGAGGUCCAAGACACCCAUCAGGGUCUACAGGAUGCAUCUGUGAAGCUCCUACUGCAGCUGCUUACACAGUGGAGGUUAGCGCUACAGCUUCAGGGGAAGAUGCGAGGUGGAGUUGAGGCCAGCCCCAGAAUGCCAGAGCGAAGCCCUCACUGCUCAGUGCUCCAUGCAGUGGAAGGCCUGGCUCUGCUGCUCCUCUGCUCGUGUCAGAUCAGCACCAGGAAGCUGGCAGUCGGUGUGUUAAGAGAAAUACGCUGCCUCUUCACAGCCCUAGGACAUGCAGAGGACGAUGACAAACCCAUGAUAGAGGUCAUGGACCAGCUGAGCCCAGCUGUGAUGGACAGCUUUGUUCAUGUGGCUGUUUCAGAUUCAUCCACAUUGCCGCUCAGCCACCACGUUGACCUCCAGUGGCUGGUGGAGUGGACUGCUCGUCUGGUGAGCAGUUCAUACGACGUGAAGAGCCCCAGCCACGUUUGGAUCUUUGCCCAGUGUUUGAAGGAUCCUUGGGUGCUCUGUCUGCACAUCUUCCUGCGUCAGGAACAUCUCCCCAAACACUGCUCCACCGCCCUGGGAUACGCUUGGCCAUAUGUUUUCACACGGCUACAGCUGCUGCUGCCACUGGUUGACCCCAACAGUCCAGUUAAUGCGAAGAAAACCAGCACAGCAGGCUCCAGCGACAACUACAUCUCUUUGUGGCGGAAUUACCUGAUCCUAUGCCUAGGUGUGGCCAAGCCCAGCAUCAUGUCGCCUGGCCACCUUAGGGCUUCUACAUCGGAGAUCACUGCAACCACACCCGAUGGUAGCGUCACCUACGAUAACAAGGUGAUAGGAACUCCCUCUGUGGCCUGGCUAUUAAAACAACUUGUCCCACUGAUGAGAGCUGAAAGUUUGGAGAUCACAGAGUCUCUGGUGCUGGGGUUUGGUUGCACAAAUGCUCUGGUCUUCAGGGAGCUAGUUGAAGAACUUCAUCCGUUGAUGAAGGAAGCACUGGAACGUAGACCUGAGAACAAGAAACGUAGAGAGAGGAGGGAUCUUCUCCGGCUGCAGCUGCUGAGGAUUUUUGAGCUCCUGGCAAAUGCAGGAGUCAUCAGUGACAGCACCAAUGGGGCUCUGGAGCGUGAUUCCCUGGCACUGGGUGCUUUGUUCUUGGAGUAUGUUGAUCUAACUCGAAUGCUUCUGGAGGCUGAGAACGAGAAGGAACUUGACAUCCUUAAAGACAUCAGAGCCCAUUUCAGUGGGAUGGUAGCUAAUCUCAUCCAGUGUGUCCCUGUCCAUCACAGGCGCUUCCUCUUCCCUCAGCAGUCUCUGAGGCACCAUCUCUUCAUUCUGUUCAGCCAGUGGGCCGGACCCUUCAGUGUUAUGUUCACUCCUCUUGAUCGUUACAGCGACCGUAACCACCAGAUCACUCGAUAUCAGUAUUGUGCGCUCAAGGCCAUGUCGGCAGUUUUGUGUUGCGGUCCGGUUUUUGACAACGUUGGUCUUUCAACUGAUGGCUACCUCUACAAAUGGCUUGACAACAUUCUGGCCUGUCACGAUCUGCGGGUGCACCGUCUUGGGUGUGAAGUGGUCAUCCUGCUUUUAGAACUAAACCCAGAUCAAAUUAAUUUGUUCAACUGGGCUGUGGACCGCUGCUUCACUGGAUCUUACCAACUGGCUUCUGGCUGCUUCAAGGCCAUCGCCACAGUCUGCGGCAACAGGAAUUACCCAUGUGACCUGGUGACAUUGCUCAAUCUUGUGCUUUUUAAGGCCUCAGACACCAGUAGGGAAAUUUAUGAAAUUUCCAUGCAGCUAAUGCAGGUGCUGGAGUCUAAGCUGUGUGCCUACUCUAAGCGGAUGGUGGAGCAGAAGCCUGGCAAUAUUUUGUAUGGAACACACGGUCCCCUGCCUCCCCUAUACAGCGUCAACCUCUCUCAGCUCUCCAUCCAGCUUGCCAGCAUGUACCCAGAGCUCACACUGCCUCUUUUCUCAGAGGUGAGUCAGCGUUUCCCAACAACUCAUCCCAAUGGCAGACAGAUCAUGCUGUCCUACCUGCUACCCUGGCUUAGUAACAUUGAGCUACUGGACAACGGGCUCAUACCCCCUGCUUCAAGCCCCUGCACACCCGAAGAAGAAGCUCGUGGUCAGGCACAGGGAAUGUCCCCCAGACUGAGGGGCAACGGCUGGGGCUCCUUACAAGCAACCUCGCUGGUGCUCAACAACCUCAUGUUCAUGACUGCUAAGUAUGGAGACGAGGUUCCUGGACCGGAGAUUGAGAAUGCCUGGAAUGCUCUGGUGUCCAACGAGAGGUGGAGCAACAACUUGCGAAUCACCCUGCAGUUCCUCAUCAGCCUGUGUGGAGUCAGUAGUGAUACCACACUGUUACCUUAUAUUAAGAAGGUGGUGAUCUACUUGUGUCGCAACAAUACCAUCCAGACUAUGGAGGAGCUCCUGUUUGAGCUGCAGCAGACAGACCCAGUCAAUCCUGUGGUUUUGCACUGUGACAACCCUCCCUUCUAUCGCUUUGCUGCCAGUAACAAAGCUUCCACUUCCCAGACGGGCACCACAUCCAGCAGUAACACUGUGGUUGCGGGUCAGGAGAACCUACCAGACACAGAUGAGAACAAGCUGGUCAGAGACAGCGAUGAGCGGAGGGCCAGGGCUCACAACAGACUGGAGUCUCGCUACAGCAACAGCUCUGGAGGCUCCUACGAGGAUGAAAAGAGUGACCCACUACCACCAUAUGCUGGAUGGCUACUUGGUGUCCUGGAGACGAACCGUCCACAGCCAUUACCAAUGCCUGUUAACGGUGGCUGCUGGGCACCUCUGGUUGACUACCUUCCUGAGACCAUCACCCCUAGAGGGCCUCUGCAUAGGUGUAACAUUGCUGUCAUUUUUAUGACUGAAAUGGUGGUAGACCACAGUGUGAGAGAAGACUGGGCUUUACACCUGCCUCUGCUAUUACACGCGCUCUUCUUAGGUCUGGACCACUACAGACCAGAGGUGUAUGAACACAGCAAGCGUCUUCUUCUUCACCUGCUCAUCGCUCUCUCCUGCAACAACAACUUCCAGGUAAUAGCUUCAGUUCUUAUGCUGACAAGGGAGAUCAGUGACAACAAGACCCUUACCAUUAAGUCCAACUACCACACUGAAUACCAGCAGUCUCAUGUACCAGACUUUCUGCGAGAGUGGCAGGCAUCUCCUGUAGUGGACUCAGGACUCAGCUCCACCUCUAACUCCUCUUCUGCCAGUCUGGGCGGUGGCAGCACAGCAGGCAGUGUUGGAAAUUUGCCCCUGGUAACACCUGAUGACCUGGAAGAUCUUGAAGACACCCCCAAUGAAACAGAUGAAAAGACAAACAAACUCAUUGAGUUCCUCUCCACCAGUGCCUGGAGUACUGUGUUGUUGUUGCUCAGAGCAUUCGGGCCACUGUGGGCGCAUGAGGACAUCACUCCAAAAAACCCCAACUCGAAGAGCACGGAGCAGCUCUCCAACUUCCUACGACAUGUAAUAUCUGUCUUCAAGGAGUCCAAGUCUGACUUCCACUUGGAGCAACAGCUGAGCGAUGUGGCCUUACAAACAGCUCUAUGCAGCUCCUCACGACACUACGCUGGGCGCUCUUUCCAGAUUUUCAGAGCCCUCAAACAGCCAAUCAACAACCAUGCAGUAUCUGACCUGGUCUCACGCCUGGUUGAGGUGGUAGGAGAACAUGGAGAUGAAGUGCAGGGCUAUGUGAUGGAAGUGCUGUUGACGCUGGAGUCAGUGGUUGUGAAUCUAGCAGAGUGUCUGAAGAACAGUGACCUUAUGGCAGCUCUUACCAGGACGUCCUCUCCAGACUUUGUGACUAGUGACAAACUGAUGAACAGAAAGAGCACAGGUCAGCUGAACUUCCCUGGCCCUGGAUUUGCUGGUCUGUCAUCACAACGCCACCAGCGCUCCUAUUCUGUCCCCAAGAAAUUUGGCGAAUGUGGCAACCUGUCUAGUGAUCCUCCUCGUAGUGCGACUCUGGAUCGCAUACAGGCUUCAAACAGCCAUGGUCUUGCCCGAACGGCGAGAACCCCAGGGUCCUGCACAUCAUCAACCAAUCGUAUCGAUCCCAGUGUUCUGUCGGACCCUGCACACGUUUCUCAUCCUUCAUCAAUAUUGGCUACAGUGUUCUGGGUUGCAGUGUCACUGAUGGAGUCAGACUUUGAAUUUGAAUACCAAAUGUCACUUCGCCUUGUUCACAAGCUGCUGUCAAAGGUGCCCUUAGAUAGAGCAGAGAACCGUGAACGCCUGGAAAAGCUGCAGGGUCAGCUGGGAUGGACCGGCUUCUCUGGGAUUCAGCAGCUUCUGCUGAAGGGUUUUACCUCCCAGACAACCUCCGACCUCACCUUACAGCUCUUCUGCCAGCUCACACCAGUCUCCCGUGUGGCCGUUGUUGACAGCUCACAGUCUAUAGGUUUUCCUCUGAACGUCCUGUGUUUGCUGCCUCACCUGGUGCAGCACUUUGGCCACCCAACACAGUUUUGUAAGGAGAGUGCUGAAAGGAUUGCACAGGUGUGUUUGGAGGAGAAAAACACAAAGCUGUCUCACUUGGCACAUGUAAUGACUCUGUACAAGACACGUUCCUACACACGGGACCCUUUCUCAUGGGUCAGUGUGGUUUGCCGCUACCUGCACGAGGCAUUCUCCAACAUUACACUCAACAUGGUCACCUAUAUGGCUGAGCUACUGGAUAAAGGCCUCCCGAGUAUGCAACAGUCUCUCCUUCAGAUCAUCUACUGCCUGCUCAGCCACAUGGACCUGACGGCUGUGCAAGUCAAACAGUUCAAUGCUGAUGUCAUAAAGACGAUUGAGAAGUUUGUACAUACGAUACACUGGAAGGACGCUUUAAACAUCUUAAAGCUGGUAGUGUCACGCUCUGCUAGCCUAGUACAUCCAGUGUACGGCCACACACAGGGCGAUCUUUCCAACCUAGAGGUCAGCAGAGUUUGGGAUGGUUCAGCCAAGGCUCUGCCUGGAAAAACACUUGAUUUCACUUUUGAUAUCUCUGAGACGCCAGUAAUUGGCCGUCGGUUUGACGGGCUCCAGGGUUCAGGGGGGAGAGAAGGGAAGGCCAGAGCUAUGGCUGUCACACGCAGUACUUCCUCUACCUCCUCUGGAUCAAACUCCAACACCAUUCUGGUCCCUGUUAGCUGGAGGCGACCACAGUCAUCUCAGAAAAGAACCAGAGAGAAGCUGGUCACCGUCUUGUCUCUUUGUGGGCAAGAAGUUGGGCUCACCAAGAACCCAUCGGUGAUCUUCUCAUCCUGUGGCGACCUGGAUAUGAUGGAGGUGCGGGAAAGCGGAGUUUCGUCAGAGGAAGGGGGCACCAGAGAAGACACAUUAGAUGACACUGCCAGUGAGCAGCAGUUCAGAGUUUUCAGAGACUUUGACUUUCUCGAUGUUGAGCUGGAGGAUGGAGAGGAGCUUCAGGGCGAGACUGUUGAUAAUUUUAAUUGGGGCGUGCGUCGGCGAUCUCUGGACAGCACAGAACUGGGCGACCUGUUAGAGGAGAGCCAGCACUCAGGCAGCACCCCCAGUUUGGGUCACGAAGACCCACACGAUUCAGAUGAGUCAUCAGAGGAAGAGGAGUCCUCAACUAGCCAGAGCCUCUCCCAUUCUCAGCUUACUAACCCCUCUCCAUCAGAGGAAACCAACCACACUGAUUCUCUGUCAACUUCUUAUGACACAUCUGCCGACCCCCAAUCCCUCAACGCCACCACCCCAGGCCAUGGAGUGUUACAUGAUGAUCACAUUGGCUUACAUGUGAGGGGUUGUGGUGAGGAUGAGGACACUCAGGCUCAGGAUGAUGAACUGUCACUGAGUGCCAAUGAGUUGCCUCCGGGCUCAGACUGUGGUGAGAGCUUUACUCUGGAGUUACCAGGGCAACCUCAGGAUCAGCUACCAAAUCUGGACCGUGGCCUCAACCCAGACUACUGCCAGCCUCCACUGGACUUUCUAGAUCCAAACUGUCUCCCCAGCUUGCGUGAUGAUGUUGACGAUUUGGAAGACCUCGGGUUCCCUCCUCCCCCAUCUCCAUUUUUCUCUGCCAUCUUGGCAGCAUUCCAGCCCACAGUGUGUGAUGAUGCUGAGGAAGCGUGGCGUUGUCACGUCAACCAGCUUGUGACUGACUCAGAUGGGUCGUGUGCUGUCUACACUUUUCAAGUCUUCUCAUCUCUCUUUAAGAAUAUCCAGGGUAAAUUCUGCACCUUGACUACUGAUGUUGCCACCUACCUUGGUGAGGGAUUAAGGGGCAUUGGAUCAAAGUUUCUCAGGUCCUCACAGAUGUUGACCACAUGCUCAGACUGUCCCACAAUCUACAUUGAUGCUGACACGAUCAUGUCAUAUGGUCUCCUUGAAAAGAUGAAGUUCAGUGCACUGGAGCUGCAGGAAUACCUGGACACCUACAACACCAGAGAAGAGGCUGCUGUAUCGUGGCUGAGGAACUGUAAGGACACAUUUCCCAGGUGUCCUGGUGACAGUGUCGUUACCUGCCAACCUGGAGACUCGGAGGAGAAGCAAAUGGAGUCUCUUGCACAACUGGAGCUUUGUCAGAGGCUCUACAAGCUGCAUUUCCAGCUCCUCCUACUAUUCCAGUCCUACUGCACGCUUAUUGGUCAAGUUCAUGCCAUCAGCUCAGUCCCUGAGCUGCUGAACAUGUCAAGAGAACUCACUGAUCUGAGGACUAGUCUGCAGGCGGCAGAGGCGGCUGUAGCCAGCGACUUGGAGCACAAACAUUUGGCCCACACUCAUGCACAUGCCACGCAGGUGGCAGCCAUGGUUGUGCCCAGCUUCCCCACCUCAGAGGCAGCUGUGCAGGCCAUACUCGAGUGCCUUAGGAACCAUGAGUUCACCAAAGCUGUGCGCUAUAUUCAGGAAUGCAGGAGGCAGUGGCCUAAUGGGGUGUUUGGUGGCAGCUCAGAGAGCGAGGUCCAGACGCUGCUCAACGUCUACUUUCGUCACCAAACUCUGGGCCAAACGGGCACAAUCGCCCUGGUUGGUUCCCGACAGGAUCUCAGCCUGAUCUGCUCCAAGCUGCUGGAGCUCAAUGGAGAGAUCCGCGAUAUGAUCCGCCGCGCCCAGGGUUACCGGGUUGUCACAACUUACCUCCCCGACUCCAGCGCCUCCGGGGCAAGUCUCUGACAGGACCUCAGGAGCCCCCCACCCCCUCCUUCCCCACCCUCAUCUCUGCAGCCACUGACCCUUGUGAAAACACCUCCUUACCCCUCUCUGCCAUCUCCACCUGCUAUUACAGAGGGGGCACAACAUCCACAUACGUGGCCCCUUCCUCCUCCAGUGUGUCUGCUGCCCCGGCUGCACAGCUCCAGACAGAUACUCACCCACCACCCUCCCCAAGACUAGAACCAGAACCACAUUUAGACCAUAACCUAAACCUUCCACUGCUCUCCUCUCUGCCAUCUGCUAUAUACUCUGAUUCCUCUUUGCUUGAGUUUCCCAAACCACCGGACCUGUUCUCAUCACACAGCUGCUCAAACACACAAAUCCAACCAGAUUUUACACUACCCCGCACAAGACAGCCAACAAAGACUCAUCUCAGAGAGAAUAUUAGUCUUUAUUAUCCUUUCAGAGGAUAUUCAUCACACAGUUCUCCAUCACAUCACCACAGCAACAAACACUCAAUAUCAGAUGUCCUCCCCACUGUAGCCUCAGAGCCCACCUUGCUCACACAUUCUGCAUCACCCAUUUCCUCUCAGGGCUCACAUCUUCCCCAUUUCCCUUGUUCUCCAUACAAACACUCAAGCACAUCCUCAGCUCUGCACUCCAGCCAUGACAAAGUCUUAACCCAGGGCCCUGCUCCAUCUUCAUCUCCAUCACGUCCCCCAGCUGUCCCUCCCUGCCCCACCGGCCCAGAAGAGACUGCAGCGUGGGGUUGCUGCUGCUCCGUCAGUGGAGGCGCAACACCCAUAUCUCGUUACCUGGGGAAGGUGGGACAAGCCGCCCUGCCCCUGCUGAAAGCAGGGGGGCUCCUGAAUACUGAACCAUCAGAUGUCCAGACCUGAGAGUUGAAAGUUGCUACAACAGAUGACCUACACAGCUUAAACAUCUGUGAAUUCAAAUACCUGAAACUAACUUCUCAUGAUCAACCCUCAGAUCUUUCUGAAAAAGACAGAGAUUUUACACAUAUUGUGAUGAAUCUCUAAACCCACUGGAUACUACUUGCUGUCUCCUGAUAGGGAUGACCAGAUGUGAUUUAAUCUGAGCACUAGCUUUGCAUCACGGCUACACAUUAAAAAAAAUCCUGCUUGAUGGUCAUCAUUCAGCACCUAACCUGACCUAUUCUGCACCUGAAGACCUGUGAAGGCUUUUAGCUUGGAUUUAUAACUUGCUUCCCAGAGGAACUCACUACAUGAUUGACUGUUUCUGCCUCCUUCAGGACGGGACGGACGUUGUCUGUAGGUAGUAUCACCAGAGACGGUGAAGAAACUACCUGUGACACUGCGUAGCAUCACUGGAAGAAUUUCCUCUUUUGCACUAAAUAGGCUUUUGGUAUUAGUACUUUUAAUGUUCCUGAAAGGGGGUUAAGGUUAUUGUGAGCGAAAAAGGCCACUUUGAGUAAGAAGGAAAAGCCAAAUGCUGGAGUGACCUCUUAUUGUAUCUGUUCUGAGACUUGCUUUGGAAGAAACUGUGCAAUGCAUGACCCAGUUGAAUGCUCUAUACCGUACACUGGCAUCCUUUUUGUCCCUCAAAAGUCCAUCUUCAGAUGGACUGAAAGACUGUCAGAGGAUGCAGUUUUUCAAGUGCACUCCUUUAUGCUGCUCUGGCCCUGUUUAUAUUAGUAUCAGUGAAGCAGUUUGUCCUGGUUAUUGUUGUGAACACCGUGCAGCAUAAGCUCCUCUGUGGCUAGUUGUAGCAUCUUUACAGAGUAGACACUGUAUUUCUCGCAGUCCAACACUGUUACAACUUUGUGUUCACAUGCCAAAAGAAUGGUGCAUGUACACUCAAAUAUUUUGUCUGUCUAUAUACUGCUAAUGAUUAUGCUCACAUGACCAUAGUAGCAGAUGUUUGUGUUGUAGUUAGUUACACAUAAGGGAAAUGCUGACAUUCAGCACUCAGUGUCUGUGUGUAAAACAAAGCCAGUGCUACAUAUGAACGCUCGUCAUCAGCUCCCUCCAGCUGUCACUUUCCCUUUGCUGUUAAAAUGUCUAUUUAUGUCUAAUCGGCUACACAUCAACCUCAUUUGACUUUUAUAUCGAUGUUCUCUCAAACCAAACUGCCAUGCAUGCAUCUUCAGUGUACUGUAUGGAGUGUUUGAACUAUUUAUUAACAAAAUCAUUUUAUCUGAAAGAUGUUUGUAUGAGGUAAAAGGAAAAAAAAAAAAAAAAAAGGGGAGCUUCAAGCUCACAUGUUUUUGUGUGUGUGUGGGAGAACGUGUGUUUGCAUGCCAAACAAGAAGUUGCACAUUUUUAAAGCUUUUUAGAUGAAGAGUUUUUUUUUUCCACCAUGUAAAUACUUUUACAGCCUUUGUGAAGUUGUUUUGAGUUGAAGCUCUGUACAAGUUUGUCUCAAAGUAAAGAUGUCAAAAC